AUGAUCGCGGUAAACUACCGAGCCCGGUACAAGAAAAAGACAAAAUGUCUUACAUUCGGAGACAUCGUCGUUGCAUCUAUAAUUGGAAAAGCCCAAAUAUCCAGCGAGAGUAUGGUCAACGGUGGAGAUUUCCAUCGUAAGAAAACUACUCAUCAAUGCCACAAACACUGCAAGAAAUGGACAUCUUUAUCAGAGACUGGCGACGAUAUCGGCCACUGCCAAAAAUGCGCUGGCUUCAACUCUGUCAACAACAUGCCGGACCUGCCCUGGCCGAUGCUCUCGACGAAGUCAAAAAAGUCACUCAUCUCGAACCUCGGCCAGACGUCACUUACGCAGCUGCUGAUAUUGAGUCUCUGGUCCACUGCGAUGUUAAUUGUUUCUACGCUCUUAGCGGUGCUCGUUGUUCCCUAUUACCAGGGCGCAGUAUGUAUCGCCUGGACAACCUACAGAGAACAGUUUUCGAAAGCUCAAAUCCUCGCCAAAAUGGAUGGACAAAGCCUAUGGACUGAGUUCGGAGCCUUUUGUAUUUCGAACGGCGCACAGCUCAUCUACUCGGCACUCUACCUCCUCCUGCUUUACAACAUCACUCUUGUCAGUAUCGAGCACGACUGGAGUCGAUUUGAGAAAGAACGGCGCCGACUCCGCUGCACGAUUGUGAAAGGCCAUAGUUUUGAUCAGUCGUAUCUCUUGCAACUCCCAAAGAUGGUCAUGUUUCCCAUUAUCGUCUACAAUAUCAUUAUGCACUGGCUUCUAGGCUUGGCGAUCUACACGGAGGAGAUAGUUGCUUAUAAUGGUCCUACGCUUUACCAAAUUGUAACCGUCCCAGCAUGCGUAUGGGGUUCCACAGCGCUCAUGUUUGUAAUGACUGUAGCCUGCUGGUGGACUUUCACCUAUCGCCGCGAGGGCUACAUCCCGCAAAUGUUCGGCUCCAUUCGCACACUCUGCGCCGCUACAAGCGAGCUCCAGGACUUCCCACCUGAAGGCAUACAAUGGGGAGAUCUCACAAAAGAAGACACCGACAGCCCCUGGCGGCACGCCGGCCUGUCCGCUGGGCC